AUGUCUGAUCCUCGUUUGCGGGCUUCGACUCGUAAACACGAAUCGAGCAAUGACAACAAGAGACCCGCCAAUGAGAACAUCACUCCAGAAAUGGUUGUCAAACAUCCUGCAAAAGCAAUUCGGAAAUUACUUCAUUGGGACGAGCUUCCACCCUGGCUACAGGACAACCACUACAUCCACGACGGCUAUCGGCCAGCAUCCUCCUCGUUUCUUGUAUCAUUCCACUCACUGACAUACCUCCACAACGAAACCGUGAAUAUAUACUCGCAUCUGUUACCUGCAUUGGUGGCCUUACCAGCGGGUAUCCGCCUGUAUCAAGUGCUAGCGCCUCGCUACCAAUCGGCGACUCAGGCUGAUAUAUCCGCCUUUGCCUGUUUCUUUGUCGGUGCCACAUUUUGUUUGGGGAUGUCUGCAACUUAUCACACUAUAUCAAAUCAUUCACCUUCCGUGGCUCGUAUUGGCAACGCCCUGGAUUACGUGGGUAUCGUUGGUCUCAUUACCGGCAGUUUCAUUCCCAGUGUCUACUACGGCUUCUAUUGUGCGCCCAGUUUGCAGCUCAUCUACUGGACCAUGAUUUGCACAAUAGGCCUUGGAUGCAUUUUUGUGUGUCUGUCGCCUAAAUUUCGGACCCCAGAAUGGCGCGCUUUUCGAGCCGGGAUGUUCGUCUCGAUGGGUUUGUCUGCCAUUUUUCCAGUGAUUCACGGAUUAUGGUUGUACGGCCCGGAGCAGAUGACAGAUCAGAUUGGGCUCUAUUGGCUACUUCUUCAAGGGUUUCUGUAUAUAGUUGGUGCCACCAUCUAUGCAGCUCGUGUGCCAGAGAGACUGCGGCCAGGUCGUUUCAAUAUCUUUGGCAGCUCCCACCAGAUAUUCCAUGUUCUAGUGGUGUGUGCUGCAGUCUCGCAUCUGACAGGUCUUCUUCGAGCGUUUGACUACCGACACAGCGGCUUGGCUGAAAUAUGUCUUUAG